AUGAAGUUUCUCAAUCUCCUUUCGCUCGUCGCCUUUGUCAGCGCCGCUCCCUUAGCUGAGCUCGCCGCGAGUGACGAGGCUACAUGUGGCACGGUGUACUACAGUUCGGAGGCCGUCGCCUCGGCGUCUGCCGCUGCGUGUGAGUAUGUCCAGACGGGAGAGACUGCGGGCGGAUCGACGUAUCCGCAUCGGUAUAAGAACUAUGAGGAUUUCUACUUCAAAGGGCUUGAGGGGCCGUUUUACGAGUUUCCGAUUCUUUCUUCGGGCGAGACGUAUGAUGGUGGACGUCCUGGACCGGAUCGUGUGGUGAUUGAUGGGGAGUGUGAGAUUGCGGGUGUGAUUACGCAUACUGGGGCGGAUGGAAAUGCGUUUGUUGCGUGUGAGGGGACGUCGAAGGUGUGA